AUGUCACUAAAUACCAAUGAUUCAUCCACAUUGGAUUAUACUUUUUGCAAAAUUCCAAAUGAAGACUAUGGUUCACUAAUAUUAUCGUCUCCAGACGAUCAGCUCAGUUCAAGUCGUUUCAUUGUGUCAAGCCCAAAUGCCAUGUAUAUUACGACGUUAACCGAUAAAACUAUCAAUUUAAGGCAGCUUGAAAAUUGUCCACUAGGAUUUAAGAAGGUCAGUAUAAUCAAUGGUAGCAUUAUUGCUACAAAGAGUCAAUUGGCAUAUAUUAUUAGACUUGAUGAAUCACCCAACGUUGUACAAUUGCCUGCAUUGAAGCUUAAGCGCAGUAUUAGCCUUUUUGGUAGUCCAAAGGCGCAAUUUAUAGAUUCUGCAUACAGUUCUAAUAUAUGGGGACCAUACUCCUCUAAAAUACCCUUUGCUGAUUUAUUUCGCUAUACUGAAGAGUUGUACGAUUUUCAUUUCGAUGGCAAAGUCGCAUUUUCGUUGAUAAAGCACGGUAAGAUGUAUUGCAUAGAAAAAUUAUUCCUAGAUAUUUCUAUAAAUGACAGGAGAAAAGUAGUUUUACUUGAUGAUACAGUGAACCAUCGCCCCCUAAGCUCGCCGUUAAAUUCUUUACAUGAUUUCUUUAUUGUUAUUACUUCUAGGAAUACCUAUAUUGUUUCCAAAAAGACAAUGCAGCUGCAAAGAUUCCCAAAUCCUUCAUAUAUUAAGAAAGCCAUAGAAAAUAAAUCCAAGUUAUAUGUUUUUGGCCCUCAAGAGGAUUGCAACUCAUACACUAUUCGCAUUUGCACAGAAUUUGGUACUGUUUUUGAAGCUGUAUUUGGCUCUAAAUUACCUAAGAAACUUAUAUGGAGGAAAAUCGACAUCAGACUAUGCGAGCCUAAACUAGGAAAUAUAAUCGAAAUUUGGUGUCUAUCUUUACAAUUGUAUGUUCUUUCAACAAGAGGAGCUCUGGUAAUCAGAGAUGUUAGCUCUAAUACAGACAAAAUACUUGAAAUUCCGAAUCAAAAGGCUACCUGUCAUUCUACCCAAGUAUUGAGUUUGAGAAAGACAGAAUCAGGAACUCCGAUCAUUGAUAGCAGUAUUUCAUAUGGACUAAUACAAUAUGGUGUUCAAGCGGCAUACAUUGACGUCAUUGCUGAAGCCUGCGUCCUUAUAAAGAAGAGAAAUUACGGAAAAGUACCUCGAAUGUCAACCCAGAUAUAUUACACAUCUAAAGGGCUCUAUAUUUGCGACGGCUAUUCGAUAGCUUCUGAUGGUAAAGUUUUAGCCCCAUUUGAGCACUCAAUUGUGAUGUACGAAGGCAAAGUUUAUUCAAAAGAAGACGUUUGUGCACAUAACCCUGUUAUUUGCUUUGAUGGAAAUUCUAAAAAGCAUAUAAUAGUACGUUUCAACAGGCAUAUAUACUGCUUCUCGGAAAAUGAACCCAAUAAGCAUCAAAUUGAUAUCCCAACGUCUCUAGAGACCAGUGAAAGGGUAUUGUUAGCUGCAUUCGAGAUUGGUGACAAAUUAUAUAUUUCAACGUUCAACCGUGCAGUUAUCACGAGAUAUAUAUUAAAAAAGAAUGUGGAUACGGAUAUCUAUGAACUUGAAACCUCUGCAUGCCAUAAAAAUAUUUCAGAGUAUAUCACUUCCAUCCAGAUGAAUCAAAAUGAAAUAUUUGGCAUCUCUGCAACCUGCAUUUACAGAUAUAAAUUUAACAUUGACAAAAUUCACGAUGGACAGCAGUUCCUAAUUAAUUCCAACACAGGUUUAAAAGCAUGCACCAUUGAUUCCAACUCUAGACUGAUUGUUUAUGAUGAGAAUUUAUUGUAUCAGUUAUGUGAUGACCAUGUAGUAACAGGCAGUUUACCAUUUAGGACAAAAAACAUAAUUGCAAAAGAUGGCGGCGCUAUCCUGGUGCUAGGGUAUGAUGGAAGGGUGCUAGAAAUGGAAAUUAAUACUACCAAGGUCAAUCAACGUCAUAUUGAAAAAGAAGUCAAGAUAACCAGAAUCGUUUUAGCUGCUACGCCUAACACUUUAAUAAUUAAUUCGAAAAAACUAAAAACAGUGGCGGUGGAAACUGUUACACUAUUUGAUUAUAUUAACAUGAAGCCUAUAACACACCUGGAUUUUAGCGUUGGUGAGUCAAUUUUAUCUAUGACACAGUGUCCCAAACAUUUAGACAGACAAUAUUGUAUUAUAAUAACAGCUACUAAAGAUCGACAGAAUAUCCAUAUAUUGUCCUACUUCGAUAAAUCGCUGCAGCUUUGUGAUUCACUCUCCAUAGAUUGGAUCGCAAGUGGUACUUUAUUCUACCAGAAUUACGUUUUCGUAUACGGAGAACAGUUGAUUGUAUGUCGAAUUGUUAACAGUGGAGGUAACUGGAAAUUUCAUAUAAGCAGCCUCAAAAAUAUUGCUUUAGCAAGCAAGCUUGUUGUUACUGGUGUUAUUCAUGAAGGAACUUUAAUUCUAUUUGAUGCUUUUGCAGGAAUGGAGGCGUUUUUGAUCAUCGAAGAUCCUACAGGAGUAAUUUCGCUCGAACCAAAACCUUUAUACUCACAAUAUCCCAAGGUACAUAAUGAAAUGAUAUUGCAUACUGCCUCUCGUACUAUAACUGCAGAUAUGCUGUUCCAGACGAAUAUUGGACCCUCGUCAAUAUCAAAUCGUAUGAUCAACUUAGAUACACUUUCAUUGCUUGAUCUGACGUCAAUGAUCACUUUUACUGCAUUAACUGAUUCCAAGAACAACUUGUUCGUGUAUCAAUUUUCAUCACAAAGCAUUAAGCUAGGUAAGCAGUUAUGUGCACUCAAUCUAGGGAAGCCCAUAAUACAGAUCUUACCUGGCCCUUCGCACAAACAAGAUGACUAUAUCCCACUAUUUACGGUCCUACUUUCAGAUGGAUCAAUAUAUAUUAUAUUCGCAGGUAGAUUAUCGCCAAGUACAAAGAUAAUGACCGAAUAUAAUUGCGUAAACAUCCUGUCGAGCCCAGACGUAGUCCACAUUAUCCCUGCUCCGCGAACUAAAACAAGAAUAAGCAGCAACCAGAAGCUCUCUUUGCAGCUCCACAAUCUGGACACAGCGGGAAACUUCAUUCCCGCCAUGCAAAUAAACUUACAGCAAUCUUAA